CAAUGCGACAUUUCGGUUGUUGCAACCCUAUGUGAGCCACAUUCCCUACACCGUGCUCAACACGCAACAUGAUCCCACCAUGGAACUGCCUAAUGGAGACGGUGAUCUGCUCUUGGUCCCCGAACAACCUAGUUCCUGACAUGGGUUCAGUCAGCUAAGCAUACCAAAUCUACAUGAACAGCGCAGUCUGACAACAUUGACAUGCACAACAAUAAACGAUACGACAACCGCACCGGAUUACGUGAACAGGGUGCAUGGGGCCGUAAAGCCAAGGACUUUUGAUUGGAGCCCAUGCUGAACCACUCUGCGAGACUUCGUAUACCGUCAUUGCGCUCGCGGGGUUUUGCUUUCUGGCAUCUCGGUCUAUAUACCACCAUGUUCCACAAGGCCAUCGUCUACUGUUGGAUGACUGACGCGGGUGAACUUCGACUUCGAACUGACUGAUAGCCCCCACUGAGCAUGCGCGGCCAUCGCAUCGGCACGCGGGACCCUCCGCCUGCUCAGACGUUGCCAUACCCCGGACCUGAUGAAAACAGAGUCGUCGAGAUUGUGGUCAUCUACGUGAUUGGCACUGCGCUUGGAGUUCUGUUCAUGGGUUUGAGGCUUUGGUCUCGCAUAAUCUCCAAGGCUCUCGGUAUCGAUGACUGGUGCAUGCUGGCUGCGACUAUACUGAGCAUCCCGAAUACCUGCAUAACCAUCGAUUUCUCGGUCAAAGGUGGCACCCGGCAUCUCUAUUACCUACUCGAGGACCCCGCGAACGCCGUAUACGUUGUCAAAUGGAACGUGAUCGCAAGACCAAUGGGCUACUUUGCCCUGAGCAUCGGCAAAAUUUCCAUCGGAUUCCUACUCUUGCGUGUCUUGGAGCGCACGUCGCGCUGGCGCAGAUGGUCGAUACACAUUACCAACAUCAUCACAGCCGUGAACUGUGUCGGCGUACUUAUCACAGACUUUUCGCAGUGCAGAAAUCCUGAAGCGCUUUGGGAUCCCUCAGUGAAAUCUCACACCAAAUGCGUCGAUCCUGCCCCUCUAACGAAAUUCGCGAUGUACGCUUCGAGCUGGAAUACGGGGAUUGAUUUUUACUUCGCGCUGCUGGCUAUGCAUCUUGUCUGGGGUCUCAAACUUCUCGAUUGGAGAAAGAAGAUUGCCGUCAGCCUUUUUCUUGGCUGUGGAUUGAUCACCGGUAUCGUCAGCUCCAUCAAAACGCACGCACUAUCGCUACGCCGCCCCGACAUCACCUGGGACUAUUUUUGGGUAUACGUAUGGAACGGCCUCGAAGUGACGCUUCUCAUCGUCUUAGGAUGUCUACCGACAUUGCGCCCCUUGUAUCGAAGAUUGAGGGGCAAGAAAGACCCAAACGACCGCACAAACGGCGUUUACUAUACGGGCAGCUAUGGACAGCCAGGAAAAUCAACAACUCGUCGUAGCAACCAGAGCUAUCACCCUGCGGACUCCGAGCUUAAUCACCCACUGGUCGAUUUGGCGAUUCCGGAAGAGACUCAUGUGGAUCCCAGGAAGGACUUGCGAUGA